GAUGUGGCCCUCAGCAGAUCAUGUCACCCAUGAACAACAGCAGCCUCAGACCUCCCACGUUCCUCCUGGUCGGCAUACCGGGGCUUGAAUCCACACAGCACUUGGUUGGGAUCCCUCUGUGCUCCAUGUAUAUCGUGGCCUUGCUGGGGAACGGCAUUGUUCUGAUUGUUAUAAGGACGGACCCCAGCCUGCAUGAACCCAUGUACUUCUUCCUGGCCAUGCUGACCAUCACCGACCUGGUCCUGUCCACGUCCACCCUGCCCAAAAUGCUGAGUGUCUUCUGGCUCGGAGACAGGGAGAUUGAGUUCCACGCCUGCCUCACCCAGAUGUUCUUCGUCCAUGCUUCCUCGCUGGUGGAGUCGGGCAUCCUGGUGGCCAUGGCGUUAGACCGCUACGUGGCCAUCUGCAACCCCCUCCGGCAUGCAGCCAUCUUGAAAACCAGUAUGGUGGCCAAGAUAGCGCUGCUGGUCUUGGUCAGAGGCCUCGUUGUGAUAGCCCCCUUGCCCUUGCUCCUCGGGAAGCUGCCAUUCUGCCAGGCCUACAUCAUCCACCACUCCUACUGCGAGCACAUGGCCGUGGUGAAGCUGGCCUGUGCAGACACCACGGUCAAUGCAGCAUAUGGCCUGGUUGUGGCCCUGCUGGUGGGGGGGCUGGAUGGCAUGUCCAUUGCUCUGUCCUACGUGAUGAUCCUCCGGGCUGUCUUCGUCCUCCCCUCCAGCCAGGCCCAGCUCAAGGCUCUCAGCACCUGCACAUCCCAUGUCUGCAUCAUCCUCGUGUUCUACGUCCCUGGGCUCUUCUCCUUCCUGGCGCACCGGUUUGGCCAGAGCGUCCCCCUCCCCGUCCACAUCCUGCUGGUCAACCUCUACCUCCUGAUGCCGCCCAUGCUGAACCCCAUCGUGUACGGGGUGAAAACCAAGCAGAUCCGCAGUCGGGUGACCAGGGUCUUCCACGUGAGGGGCCCCUGAGCGCCGGAGGGCA